ACUGAACGGAGCUGCUUGUUUCCACGUAUACAGUUUCCGGGUGGGUUCGCCUAAACAUCCGGUCGUCUUCCUCUAGGAGCAUCCCAGCGGGUGGGAAAACCUGUCUUCCUCCCCACCCCAACCCCACCCCAUCCCCUGAGCCUGGGCCCUCCCCUACUUCUCUACGCCGUGGCUGCGUGAGCCCGAGGGACUGGAACCUUCGAGGGACAUGGCGAGCCCGGUAACCCCGGCUGGAGGCACCCGGAACGGGGCUCCCCCCGAGUGGGGGGGCUUCGAGGAGAAUAUACAGGGUGGAGGCUCAGCUGUGAUUGAUAUGGAAAACAUGGAUGACACAUCAGGAUCCAGUUUCGAAGACAUGGGGGAGCUUCACCAGCGGCUUCGUGAAGAGGAAGUCGAUGCUGAUGCAGCUGCUGCUGAGGAAGAAGAUGGAGAAUUCCUGGGAAUGAAGGGUUUUAAGGGACAACUAAGUAGACAAGUGGCUGAUCAAAUGUGGCAGGCGGGAAAGAGACAGGCCUCCAAGGCCUUCAGCCUCUAUGCUAAUAUUGACAUCCUCAGGCCUUACUUUGAUGUGGAGCCUGCCCAAGUUCGAAGCCGGCUCCUGGAGUCCAUGAUCCCUGUCAAGAUGGUCAACUUUCCCCAAAGGGAAGGUACCUUGAUGGGCACUGCCAUUGGCACCUGCUUUGGCUACUGGCUGGGUGUUUCAUCCUUCAUUUACUUCUUGGCCUACCUGUGUAAUGCGCAGAUCACCAUGCUACAGAUGUUGGCGCUACUGGGGUAUGGACUCUUUGGACAUUGCAUUGUCCUCUUCAUCACCUACAACAUCCAUCUCCACGCCCUCUUCUAUCUCUUCUGGCUGCUGGUUGGUGGGUUGUCCACCCUGCGCAUGGUGGCGGUGCUAGUGUCUAGGACUGUGGGACCCACACAGCGGCUGCUUCUUUGCGGGACCCUGGCUACCCUGCACAUGCUCUUCUUACUCUACCUGCACUUUGCCUACCACAAGGUGGUGGAGGGAAUCCUGGACACCUUUGAGGGUCCCAAUGUUCCCCCCAUCCAGAGAGUCCCUCGGGACAUCCCCGUUGCUGGGCUCCCUAUUGCUGUCCUCAAUGCCACAGCCAAGGCUGUUGCCCUGACCCUACAGCCACACUGACCCCAUCUCAGUCCUCUCACAUACUCCCUCCAAUCAAACUCAGCUUGCUGAUCCCCACAGCAUCUUGGGAAGAGGAUUAAAGGACAGUGUUGGUGACCUGUGUCUUUUUGAUGGGGGCUGGGACUUCUGUGGAGCUAUGAACUCCCCCUCAAAAAUUCCUGCAUCUCUUCUCAGCUUCUGAAGAGUAGAAGGCCCACAGCUCUUUGCCCAGGAUCAGGGGUAUCCUUCCAGGGCAGAAAGUAUGUCGGGCCCUCUGGGUCCCCCUCAACAUCUUCCUCCCCCUCCUUUUCAUUCUCUCUGUAUCACCUUGCUAAUUAUAGACUUGGUAAUUAAAAGAUUAAUUGGGAUCUGGAAA